ACUAGUACUGAUGAACUCACUCACACUGACACUAGUUAGCUAUCGAUACUGAAGCAAAUACUAGUAGCAUUCGAGCUAGCUGAUCGAUGCCAUGGGUGGGAAGCUGCUGCAGCUGAUGUCGAGGCUCCACCUGGCCAAGGGCGGCGGCGGCGGCGGGAAGGGCGGCGGCGCGGUGCCGAGGGGCCACUUCGCGGUGUACGUCGGCGAGGCGAGGGCGCGGUUCGUGAUCCCGACGGCGUACCUCAGGCACCCGUCGUUCGUUGCGCUGCUGGAGAGCGCCGAGGAGGAGUUUGGCUUCGACCACCACGGCGGCGGGAUUAUCAUACCGUGCUCUGAGAGCGACUUCGUUGAGCUCGUCGGCAGCCUGAGCUCCUCGUCGCCGUCAUCGUCGUGGCGGCACUGAUCGGUGCUCGUUUCUUCACUGCAAGGAGAUCUUGUUAAUUCUUUUUUCAGUUCGUGGCAUUUGGCAGUAUGUACAUAGCAGCUUUCUUUACCGUCGUGGCAAGUUUGCAUGAGCCACUCCUCCAAAUUCAGGCAUUCUGAAGUACUACCUCCGUUCCGAAUUACUUGUCGCACGUAUGAAUGUAUCUAGAUGUAUUUUAGUUCUAGAUACAUCCAUUUCAACGGCGAGUAAUUUGGAACGGAGGGAGUAGCUGGUGAAUGCUUUUUAAUCGUGACGGUCCAUGUUUUCGGUCCUAUGGUCGAUCUGACUCGGUGCGAAUCUAUAAAGGAACCCAUGGAUUUCAAAUGAUA